GUAGAAUUCAAGAUGGCGUCCGUGGCAAAGCAGUGCGCAUGCAACACUCCAACAGAGUGCCCAUGGGCCGCAGACCAACUUCUGAUAGCCCGUUUCAACCAGGCGAAUCGCAACUGCAGCAACCAUUCCUUCCGCUGACCAGUCUCCUGCUUUCCUGUGAUGGAUCUGCAGGAAAACACCACUGCCAACACCACUGCCAUGUCUCUCGCGGCCGACGAGCCCCGGCCAGAGUCCGUCAUUGUACCCGCCAUCUUUGCUUUCAUCUUCUGCUUAGGAGUCUUCGGAAACGCCCUGGUCAUAGCCGUUCUCCUCCGUACCGGGAAGGAGAUGCAAAACACCACCAAUGUCUUCAUCCUCAACCUCAGCAUCGCGGAUCUCUUCUUCAUCAUCUUCUGCGUACCUUUCCAAGCCACGGUGUACUCUCUCCCAGAGUGGGUGUUCGGCCUGUUCAUGUGCAAGUUUGUCCACUUCUGCCAGUGCACGACCAUGCUGGCCUCCAUCUUUAAUCUUGUGGCCAUGGCUAUAGAUCGCUACCUGGCCGUGGUUCACCCGGUCACUUCGAUGGACAUCCGCAAGCCUCAGUCCGCCUGGCUGGCCGAGCUGGUGGUGUGGAUACUGGCCAUGGGGACGGCGUCGCCGUACCUCGUCUACUACGACAUCGUCAAUCACGGCGCGAAAAGUGAGCAGGAGUUCUGCAUCGAGGUCUGGGAGGAGAUCGAGAACCAGCGACCCGUCUACAUCGCGUUCCAGUUCACGUUCGGCUACGUGCUGCCCCUGAUGAUCAUCACCAUCUGCUACUGCCUGGUCAUCAAGCGUCUCAACGCCACCUCCAAGAGAAGCCAGGCCAACCGCGCCAAGAAGAGGAUCACGAAGAUGUUGAUCGUGGUGGUGGUGGUGUUCGGGAUCUGCUGGCUGCCGCACCACAUCAUGCACCUGUGGGUCAACUUCGGAGAGUUCCCCUACACCAUGACCACCUACGUGCUGAAGCUGUUCUCGCACUGCAUGGCGUACGCUAACUCCUGCCUCAACCCCAUCAUCUAUGCCUUUCUAUCCACGGAAUUCAGAAAGGCUGUUGGCGAGUUGGCGUGCCAUAAGCGCGGGUAGGGUCGAGCGUGUUCGGCGCUUCCUGACGGACUCGUGCGAGCGACUUACAACCAGUACAAGACGACUCCUCCAGGCUUGUUGGGAGACGGUGGUUCUUAUGGCCCGGCGUCUGAAGGCUAGGAACACCCAGACGAAGUUAUCAAAAUCUUCUUUGAACAGCAGGAAAAACAUAUAAACGUGGCUGCACCAUCAUACUAACACUACCAGUUAUAAAGUAUCCUGCCUGUCUAUAUAAACAUCACAUCGUUCUCUCACGAAAGAUAUUAACAGCUCUGGAAUGAUACCAGAGUCUAACAAAGGAACAUAAACUAAACAAUAAGACAUUUGAUAGCAGAACAUUGCUGAUCUAACCUCUACAAGUUGUCAUCCACGUUGUAUUUUGAUCCAUUCUAAACCACACUAUAAUCAAAAUCUGUAAAUACUGACAAAAUCAUAAUGCCAUUGUAAGUAUAAAUUAAUAAAACGCAUAUAAAGCUAUAUAUAGGUAUUGAUCAAACAAGAGUAAAGGUGGCUGCUACUUACUGGAGAAGAGGUAGUUUUGCAUGCUUUGCAGCAGAGGAAAAUUGUAAAUACUACAAAUCAAUAAUAAAUCGACAAAUCGACUGUCAGUCAAGCGGAGUCAUGGAGCAGGUCUCUUGUGUUAAAUAUUAAAGAGUAUCUUUUGACGGAGCUGAAUACUGCAAUAUGUAGAAUACUGUACUGCACUGUCUAUGUCUAUGUCUUGUAGAAUUACUAUUCCGUUGUACCGAAGACAACUUCCUGACAUUAGAAGUUUCUUCAAAAUCUAUAUUGUACAUAUAAUGGCGUUCAAAUAUUUCUGGUGACAGAGAAGCACACUUGUUGCAAAUUGGCAGGAAAGCUAUAGAAAAGGAAGACCAAAUGAUGGAAUAAUCUAAAAAAAGGUAUAAAUAAAAAGGAUGCGAAACGAAAUUCAGACCUGAGCUGCAAAUAGAUUAUCGGAAUGACCACACUGAUUUUGAUAAGCAGGAUUAUUUGGUGUCUUGGUACUAGUACUAUAUUUCUAGCCCUUGUCCUGCGGAGCCCAACAAUUGUUGUUCUGCACAUACAGUACCCUCUAUAUAGCACCCUGUAUAGGUACGAUUUGGGGGUAUUUCUCGUGCAACGCAUCACACCGCAGCGAGACGCCACGAAUGCGGAAGUUACAACUAUGCCACCGCAGGGCAAAAACAAUGAGGGUCUAUGAUCUAAUUAAGACAUGAAGUUAUUGAAAAAUGUUGUGCCAGGAAUGCCAGCAGGACAAGGGCUAGGUACACAGGAGUUUCCUAGGCACCGUUGAUAAUGCAAAGACCUAGUAGGG